AUGAUGUUUUCGACCAUAAAUUUUCGAACGAUCACGGUGACAUUGAAGUCGAACUCUAGGAAAGAACAUUUGUACAUCCGUUUGCUGAAAAAUCGACGCGGAUCGACGUGUCCAUUCUUCAGCUCACGCUGUCGAGGUUUAUUUCUCAACGCUUUGAACACGCUGAACAAGCACCAGGAAAAAGGGGGAAAGAUUCCUUCGAUCAAGUACCCAACUAAGCCCAAGGACGACUUCCAAGGCUAC